GGUAGGAUGCACAGGAUGCGCUACCUGCGCCAUCGCCUGUGCUAUCCGCUACUUGGCGAUGGCGAGCAACCAAGCAGCUGCCUCAUAAGACGACACGACACGGCUGACGCAAGGGAAUGCCGCCAAAGCCAAAGAUGCGGGGUUAGCCGCCCCAGGGCAGCGACCGGAACGGCCUAGCCCCAGCAUCCUAGGCUGAGCGACGUCGGCCCUGUUGGCUGGUUGCAACCGUCGCCGGCUUACGGUGAUAUAUUUCCUUCUCCCACUCGUCCCACGCACUCCUCGCUGGAAGCGUGAAUCUGGCCUCUCGUCCUACCACGGUACAGCCAUCUGCCGCCCAGCUAGAGACUCUUAAGUCGAGCCCGUGAGCCGAGCUGCCUCGCAUCCCCAAAACGCAAUCAUGUUUGGCAAGACGGAAAAAGAUCCGCCGUCUCCCGACCUGAGCAACCAUGAGGUGGCCCCCAACUACCACCACUCCCACGGCGAGGAUCCCGACCAUGUUUCCUGCCCGCCCAACACGACGGAGCGCAAGCUCAUGACCAAGAUCGACCUCCAUGUCGUCCCCUUCCUGUGUGUCAUGUAUCUGCUGGCCUUCUUGGAUCGUGUCAACAUUGCCAACGCCAAUGUCUUUGGUCUAAGCAAAGAGCUGGAUCUCUUGCGAGACAACCGCUACAAUACGGCACUCGUCAUCUUCUUCGUUCCCUAUGUUCUGUUCGAGAUCCCCUCCAACAUUCUGCUCAAGAAGAUGGAGCCCCGUCUCUGGCUCAGCAUCUGCAUGUUCGGCUUUGGAGUGGUUACCACGCUGCAAGGUCUUGUCCAAAACUACAGUGGUCUGCUGGCCACCCGCUUCUUCCUGGGCAUCUUUGAGGCUGGCAUGUUUCCGGGCUCCUUUUACCUGAUUGGCAUGUGGUAUAAAAGGUCCGAGGCUCAGAAACGCUUCUCCUUCUUCUUCAGCUCAACCACCCUGGCCGGAGCCUUUGGUGGACUGCUGGCUAGCGCUAUUGGUAAAAUGGACGGCAUAAGGGGCUACCGCGGCUGGAGAUGGGUCUUUAUCCUCGAAGGUCUACUAACCGUCCUGGUAUCCUUUGCACUCUUCUUUCUACUGCCGAAUUUCCCCGAGGAAGUCAAAUGGCUGUCCGAGCCCGAGCGUGCCUAUGUGAAAUAUCGCCUGCAAGUCGACCAAGGCCGCUCCGCCCGCGAACGACCCAUCAAAAUGCGAGAUGUCGCCAACGUAUUCAAAGACCCAAAGAUUUUUGUUGGCGGCUUGAUGUAUUUCGGCCUCGUCAUCACGGCCUACAGUUACGCAUACUUUUCUCCCGCCAUUAUUCAAAGCUACGGAUACUCUCCCAUCCAGACACAGCUUCACAGCGUACCUCCUUGGGCCGCCGCCUUCGGCUUCAGCAUGGUUAUCGCCUACCUUUCGGAUCGUCUAAAGCACCGCUACCUCUUCACUAUUUUCCCCAUUUGCGUCUGCAUUGCUGGUUUUGCAAUCCUAAUCUCUGUGCAUCAUCACCGCGAAGUGCAAUAUGCGGCACUGUUCCUGGUAGCCUCGGGAGCCUACACGGCCAUGCCUGUCAUUGUUUGCUGGUUCAACAUGAAUCUAGGUGGACAUCAUAGGAGGGCAGUGGGCAGUGCAUGGCAAGUUGGCUUUGGCAACAUUGGCGGUUUCGUCGCUACAUUCGCUUUCCUCAAGAAAGACGCGCCCAAAUACCUGUCCGGCUACUCCAUCUGCAUAUCCUUUGUCUGCCUCAGCGCCCUCUGCUGCACCGUCUACUUCGCCAUGUGUUACUGGGCCAACCAGAGGCGCGACAAGACGGCCCGCGACGUGGGCUUGACAGAGUACGAAAAAACCGAAUUGGGCGAUAUGAAUCCAGAUUACAGAUACCUGCUCUAGAACUUUUGUACCUUUUUUUGAGGCGGGGAAUUUUGUCUUGUCAAAAAAAAGAAAGCAUAGUACAAAAGAGACAUGUAAUGAGAAAUCGUCACUUGGUGGAAACUGGAAGAGACCAAGUUGAUGGUUCUAUUUUUUUGGACUGGAUUCAAGAUAUGAUGUAAUACGAAAGGGAAUGGGAACCAAUGAUUGUUUACGGAUAUUCUUCAUAUAGUCUUCUUCGUCUUUUGGGACGAUUAUUACAGUAAUUCAA